AUGAAAUACAAAAUAGCAAUUUUCAAUGCCGAUUUACCAAUGAAUACCGUGACUCAGAAUUAUGGCGAUUAUGCGCAUAUGUUCAAGAAUAUGUUCACCAGAGCAGCAGCCGCCUAUGAUUCCUCCUUAGAGUUUGUUUUUAAUACCUAUAAUGUUUACAAGGAAGACAUUUAUCCCAGUAAGGAACAAUUUGACGAGCUUGACGCUAUAGUUAUCACUGGCUCCAAGUAUUACGCCGGUGAUAAUGUUCCUUGGAUAAACAAGCUUACCGAAGUUGUGAAAAAUGUAAUCGAAAACCGUAAAGAAAUUAAAGUAUUAGGAGUUUGUUUUGGACAUCAAAUUAUAGGAAGAGCGUUUGGUUCUUCCAUCGUCGCUAAUCCAAAUGGAUGGGAAAUUGCGCCCUAUGAAAUUCAGCUAACAGAAGUUGGGAAAAGAGUCUUUGCCAAGGAUUCUCUAAUUAUUAAUCAAAUGCAUCAAGACAUUGUCUCUGACAUUCCCAAAGGCUUCGAAUUGUUAGCCAGUACCAAAACUUGUUCAAACCAAGCGUUUAUAAAAGGAGGACAAGUUCUUUCUUUUCAAGGACAUCCUGAAUUCAGUAAAGAAGUCGUAAAAACAAUGACAAGUACUCGAUUUGACAACGGCCUGUUUACAGAAGAACAAUUUACUGAUGCAGAAAAACGUUUACAAAAGGAUACAGACACCUCCCUCCUUGAACAAACAAUCAUUAAAUUUAUGAUGGGAAAAUUGAUUGCCUAA